CAGCUUUUGUGUGAGUGAAUUGGUAAUAAGAUAAUGUCAGAACAGCCUCUACCCAACGGCCCUACAACUGACAUAAAUUCGUCAAAAAAUGAAGUUAGAGAAAUGCCAAAAUCGCAACAAAACGGCCAAGGAUCCCCGCCGAUCCAACCGCCUGGUCCCCCUAUAAACACACAACGCCCCCUAUACAGAAUCGAUAGCAAAAGCAACUUUCUUUACCGACCGCCGUUUCCCAAUCAACCCCAGCAACAAUUCGUUCCGCCAAGAACACCGAUACAACGACCACCGGGAUCUCAGCAGAUUCCUCAAGGUCAAACUUUCGCGACGAAUCAACCGAGACCCAACUUCAGACCUAAUUUCUCUCCGUUUCCCCGACGACCUCCCGGUAUAUUUCAACAACGUUCCGUACCGGGAUUUGGUAACGUUAGACCGUUCGUACCGGAAGGAGGUAUAGUUAGAUCUCAAACUCUGGAUCCGACAGAGAUUGAUCGAUCUAAAAAUGACGAUAACAAAAUUAAUAAUCCGCCGAGGGAUUUUGUCAAGCCGCCCUCCAUAGCCGCCAUGAACAACAGGAGUUACAGUUUGAGUUCGAACCCGCCGGAAACGACGGCGGAAUCUAAAGAAGAAACUAGGAGGAAAUCGGUCAGCAGCGUGGAAAGUUACGGAGAAGGUAGACCGUCUUCCAGACAAAGCUCCGAUUCCAAUGAAAAUUUAGAAGAAGGUCCUUCCAGGCCGGAAUCUAGAUCCACCUCGAGGAUGAAUAAGAUCGUGGAAGAUGAAGAUAAAUCGCAGAGCUCCUUGACGGAGGUAUCGCAAAAAAGCGUCGAUAUCAGCCCUAAAUCUCCGAUAAAUAAAACAGAAGAAAGUACGACACCAAGUCAAGAAUUUAUACGGGAAAAUAUCAACCAAGCAUCACCUUCCGUAAAGCAAGAAAAACGUUUGGACUUGGAGGAAGCUAAAUCGACAACUAAAGAAGGUGAUAACGAUAGUGGAGUGGAUGAGUCUACACAAGGAAACGACCAAGCUGCUAACGGCGACGGCAGAUCGGCCAGAAAAAGUUCGAAAUCGAGGACGUCGACGUCUACGCCAGUAGCUAGAUCUUCAUCAAGAGGAUCCAAAUCACCCAGCUUGAAAAGUCCAGAUUCGAAUGCUACUACACCAGGUUCAACUAGCGAAAAGAAAAAACUUCCUAUGAAUAAAAUUCAAGUGGGUAAUGCGCCGUCCCCUAAUUUGAAAGUCGUCAAAUCCAAAAUCGGUUCGUUGGAGAAUGCGAACUACAAACCUGGAGGCGGUAACGUCAAAAUAGAAAAUAAAAAAAUAGAAUUCAAAGUUGCGCCAAGAAUAGAAGCCAAAAAUGAAAAAUAUACACCCAGAAGUGGGGAGAAAAAGAUAGUACAUCAAAAAUUACAAUGGAACGCGAAAUCCAAAAUAGGUUCGUUAGAAAACGCUACGCACAAACCCAAAGGAGGCGACAAAAAAAUAGAAUCGAUAAAGUUGGAUUUUAAAGAAAAAGCAAAACCGAAAGUUGGAUCCAAAGAUAACAUUAAACAUCAACCCGGAGGUGGAGAUAUAAAGAUUGAGAACCGGAAAAUAGAAAUCAAAGCCGGUAGCAAAAUCGGUUCUCUUGACAACGUCAAAUAUAAACCAGGUGGUGGUGAUAAGAAAAUAUUUGAUGAUAAGGAUUAUUUGAGGCAAAUGUCAGGUGUAUCUAGUAUGGAACAUUCUCUGUCAACAUCUCAGAAUUCGAUACCUUCACAGCCAGACAAAGCACCAGUUGCAGAUGAAAAUUUGAAUCAAGAACAUUAAUUUAUCGUAAAAGUUUUGUUUAUAAUUUUAUACGGAGGUCGUUGUUUGUAAUAAUAUAGAGACGUGUUAAGAUGAAUAUUGAAAAAAAAAAUAAUUUUGUCACUGAAACUAAAGUUUUAGAUGCACUUUUGGAAUAACUAUAAAAGGAAUAAUGUAAAUUUAAAAUUAACCAUAGUUUACACUAAUAUUUAUUCACUAAAUAGAACAGAAAUCGAUGUUUUGCCCCUCUUGAAAGAUUUUUUUUAUAUAUAAAACGAACUUUGAAGAUUAAAAUGAAAAUUAGCUUAAUUCGCAUUGUAUUUUUAGGAUUAUUUUGGACUUUUUAUAAGUUAAACCCAUUUUUAGAACCAAUUUAAAAAAAUAUUACUUUUCGUUCAGUAAAAAAUAAUUAUUUUUCAGUUAUCUUUAAUUUUUGUCCUGUUUUUUGCUGUAAUAUUUUGCAAUUUCUAAUUAUUUUCACAAAGAAACCAUAUAUAGGGCAUCAGAUCAAAUUUUGUGGUCAAAAAUCCCAUUUGCUAUGUUUUUUUUUUCAACAUAAAAGUGUUUUCCUGCUAUAAAAUUGGUUAUUUCCCAAUUUCGGGUAAUACAUCCAAAAGGGAACCAUAAAAAAAUUUCAGGAUAAGGUUAUAAAUUGCCUAUUUCUUGUUUAUUUAACCAAUUUCCCUUAAUUUUUCUUCAAAAGAAAAUAAUUAAAAAAAUUACAAGGCACUGUUAUUAAAAUCCACUUUUUUACUUUAAUUUUUCAUAUGUUUUGUUAUUUAAGAAUUUUGAAAGUUUAAAAAUGAUUAAAUUUACACUAAUAGUUGACCGUACACCCUCUUCUUUAAGGGCAAAGUUAAUUAAAUCUCAAAAUUCGCUUACUGAAUCUAAUCAAGUACUUAAAUCAAGAUUCUGAUAUAAUUUUAGAUAAUUUCGAGGGGUUAGAACACGUAUGAAUGGUUGCCUACCUAAUCAAAACACAAUUUUAACAAAUGAACGUUAAAAGGGGGCUAAAUUUCUAUUUAUUUAGUGACUAUGGAUAUAAAAAUAUCUUUAUCAUCUAAAUGUAUACAUAAUCACGUAAUCUGGAAUUAGUUUUUUGGUGUUGUGAUAGAUAUGUGACCAAAAAGAAAUUUAACCUUUUUUUUUCCCAAUUAUGAAACCUGUUGAAAUAAUUUUUAUUUCUAAGGUGGUUUUUAGCAAUAUUGAAUUUACGUAUGAAAAUUUAUCACGUCUACACUGAAAAAAUUUUUUAAAAUACAAGUAUCUAAAUGAUUACAAAAAAAAUGUAUUCACGCUUUAAAAUAAUAUGUCUCAUUCCUAUUUUUUUUUGAAUUGAGGACUUAAAAAUAAUUGUACGUUUUCUUAGAUCAUUUCUUAUUCGUUUUUUACAUUUCUAAUAAAAACAACUUAAUAGGGAUUAUUAAUGAUAAAUUAAUAAUGAAGAACUAAUUAACAUGAACGUUUUUCAAUUGAUUUCUAUCUAAUUUCUUGGGUCUUUUAACAAAAAUGUAUAUUGAACAUAAAAAAAUUGUUGGUAAGAAUUGAUCUAAGUAAACUUUUUUCGAAGUAAUUUUUAUUUUAAUAUAUUUGUAAGGCAUUUUUCACAAGUGCUAUUUCCACUAUAUAUUUUCUAUUCCUAUUUUGUAAUUUUUUUGGAAUAUUGUUAAUUUAAAUAAACUUUGCAUAUAUUACAAGUAGUCGCUUUAAUGAUAGAGAGCACCGUAAACAAAUCACACGUAGGAUAGAACACGUAAGUAUUUUUUUUAUUAUUAUUUUAAAAACGUAGGGCUUCGAUGAGGUUUAUUUUGACCAUAAAUAGUACAGCCACGUGGUACAAAACGUGCACUUCAGUUGUUUCAAUCGGUAAUUGGGAUGAUGUACAACCCAAUACACGUGGGGGCUUUAUCGAUGUUUGUUUUUACCCCCAAGUGACCAAAUCCCAAAUAAUCUUUUGUAAACUUAUUUUUUUUCCAGAAGAAGAAAGUUCAUUACGAAUCUGAUCGAUUAACGAGUUUACCUUCUAGACCGCAAAGUGCUAGAACUCUUCAUACAUUGCACGAAAACGAAAUUGACUUAACGACUAGGUGUUUAACCAGAUCUGCAUCGCUUACAAGAAGAAAACCGCUAGAAAAACCUAGAUGGAGAUACUAAAUUUACCACCUAUCGAAUAACUAAUAGAAAAAAAUCACUUUUCACACGUUGAAAUUUAUUAAAUACAGUCCUGGAUAAAAAUUAUCACUAAACGUUGAAUCGUUUAGUAAUAAAUUCGCAUUUGUAGUAAAUACCGGGCGGUAGUUGUACACUUUCUGUUUAACGUCACAAAUCUGAUGUUAAAUAACCCCCUCCAAAAGUCUAAUAGGAUAAAAUCGGGUCAUGUAGUGACCCUUUUCACUUUUCCGUUACUCCCUGUAUUAUCAAGACGUAAAUUGUGGGCAACUUGGAUGGUACGUUAUUGAAAUAAAAUGAUGAUUAAAGUACUCAAUAUAUACAGUGUGACUAAAAAAAAUUAAAUAAAAUCUUUAUUCGAAAAGUUGUAUAUUAAUUUUAUCAAUCCACCAACCCGAAUAUUUAAUUUUU